AUGAGCAGCUCGAUGAGCAUGGUGGAGGCGAGGCUGCCGCCGGGGUUCCGGUUCCACCCGAGGGACCACGAGCUCGUGCUGGACUACCUCUGCCCCAAGCUCUCCGGCAGGCGCAGCGGCGGUGGCGUGGAUAUGGUGGACGUCGACCUCAACAAGUGCGAGCCGUGGGAGCUUCCAGACGCGGCGUGCGUGGGCGGCAAGGAGUGGUACUUCUUCAGCCUGCACGACCGCAAGUACGCGACGGGGCAGCGCACCAACCGCGCCACGCGCUCCGGCUACUGGAAGGCCACCGGCAAGGACCGCGUCAUCACCGGCGCCGGCGGCACGGUCGUCGGCAUGCGCAAGACGCUCGUCUUCUACCGAGGGAGAGCCCCCAGGGGAACCAAGGAGGAGUGGGUCAUGCACGAGUUCCGCGCCGAGGAGGGCUGCCCGGCGGUUCGUCGGCGGCUCGCCGACGCCGACCACGGCUGGUUGCCGUCUCCUCUUAGGCCCAAGGAGGACUGGGUGCUGUGCAGGGUGUUCUACAAAAGCACGGCCGCCGCUCCAAGACCGGCCUCCGACGAGUCAUCAGGUUCGCUCAGCAGCGACCUCGGCGUAGCACCGGCGCUGCAGGCCCCUAUCAAUGCCGCCGUUGGCUACAGGCAGCAAGACUCCACCGGCCCCCUACCGGCAGCGCAGCAUUGGCCCGCCGCGCCAUUGCCGUUCCAGAGCUUCAGGGACCUGCUAGGCGACAUGGUGCAAGGCAGCGGCGGUGACCCUCAGACGGACUGGAGCGUCGACGACUCCGGCUACACGCGGCAGGGUGGCAUGUCGCAGAGUUGGAACGCGUUCUGA